CAGUUCGCCGUGUUAUGUUUUAGAGGCGAUCUCUCAGGGCACUGCUCCCUCCGUGACUCACCGAGCAGCAGCUCCGUGUUUGAACACUUCUCCUCCUCCGCCGCUGUCAGAGUCCCUCACGUCUGACUGCGCAAUGGACGGACGACACCGCUGAGGAGCCGCAUCCGAUGCCGACAAGAGUUCACCGGGAAUAUCUUCUGUAAACUUGGAUUUUUUUUUUGGUUUGCCCCCGCCGGUCAAAGGUUUAAAAACAACUCUAGUUUCAUUUUUGAUUUUCUAAACAGUUCGCGGUUCACUGAAGGUCCCUCACAGAGGCCGGGUCGCGGACAGAGGAGACUGCGACUGUUGAGGACAGAGGAUGGGGAGCCGGGGGCACUACCGGUACCACUGGCAGAGCCACAAUGUCAAACACAGUGGCGUGGAUGACAUGGUGCUGCUCAGCAAGAUCAAUGAGGACGCCAUCGUGGACAACCUCAAGAAGAGAUACAUGGAUGACUACAUCUUUACAUACAUCGGUCCUGUGCUCAUCUCCAUCAACCCCUUCAAGCAGAUGCCGUACUUUGGAGAUAAAGAAAUUGAGAUGUAUCAGGGUGCUGCUCAGUAUGAGAACCCUCCUCACAUCUACGCUCUGGCAGAUAACAUGUACAGAAACAUGAUGAUAGAACGUGAGAACCAAUGUGUCAUCAUCAGUGGAGAGAGCGGAGCAGGGAAGACUGUGGCGGCCAAAUAUAUCAUGGGCUACAUCUCCAGAGUGUCAGGGGGAGGAACCAAAGUACAGCACGUCAAAGACAUCAUCCUGCAGUCCAACCCACUGCUGGAGGCCUUUGGCAACGCCAAGACAGUGAGGAACAACAACUCCAGCAGAUUUGGGAAAUACUUUGAGAUCUGGUUCAGUUCCGGUGGUGAACCAGACGGAGGGAUAAUCUCCAACUUCCUUCUGGAGAAAUCACGUGUCGUCAUGAGGAAUCCUGGGGAAAGGAGUUUCCACAUAUUCUACCAGUUGAUAGAAGGAGCCAGUGGAGAGCAGAAGAACAGCCUGGGAAUUACAAGCCUGGAUUACUACACUUACCUCAAUCAGUCUGGUUCCUACAAAGUGGACGACAUCAAUGACAAGAGUGACUUCCAGGAGACAAUGCACGCCAUGGAUGUGAUUGGCAUCUCUGUGGCGGACCGCGCCAUGGUGCUACAGAUUGUAGCUGGAGUCCUUCACCUGGGAAAUAUCACUUUCAGGGAAUCGGGCAACUACGCUGCCGUGGAGAGUGAAGAGUUUCUAGCCUUUCCCGCAUUUCUGCUUGGAAUUGACCAGAAACGUCUGAAGGAGAAACUGACGAGCCGGAAGAUGGACAGCAAGUGGGGGAACGCGGUGGAGUCCAUAGACGUGACACUGAACGUGGAGCAGGCGUGUUACACUCGUGACGCCCUCUCGAAAGCCCUGCAUGCACGUGUGUUUGACUACUUGGUCGCGUCCGUCAACAAAGCCAUGGUGAAGGAUCAUCAGGAGUUCAAUAUUGGCGUGUUGGACAUUUAUGGAUUUGAAAUUUUCCAAAAAAAUGGUUUCGAACAGUUCUGCAUCAACUUUGUGAAUGAGAAGCUCCAGCAGAUCUUCAUUGAGCUGACGCUAAAGGCAGAGCAGGAGGAAUAUGUGCAAGAGGGCAUCAAGUGGACGCCCAUUGAGUACUUCAACAACAAGAUUGUCUGCGAUCUCAUCGAGAGCAAAAAUCCUCCUGGCAUCAUGAGCAUCGUGGACGAUGUGUGUGCCACCAUGCACGCAGUGGGCGAAGGAGCCGACCAGACCAUGCUGCAGAAGCUCAGAGUCCAGAUCAACACCCAUGAACACUUCAACAGCUGGAACCAGGGCUUCAUCAUCCACCAUUAUGCCGGCAAGGUGUCCUACGACGCAGAGGGUUUCUGCGAGAGAAACCGAGAUGUCCUUUUUACUGACCUCAUUGAGUUGAUGCAGAGCAGUGAAAUCGCCUUCAUCAGAGCACUGUUUCCAGAAAACCUCAAUGCUGAAAAGAAGGGUCGACCCACGACUGCAGGCAGCAAAAUAAAGAGACAAGCCAAUGACUUGGUGAGCACACUGAUGAAAUGUACUCCACACUACAUCCGUUGCAUCAAGCCAAAUGAAACCAAGAAGCCCAGAGACUGGGAGGAGAGUCGUGUGAAGCACCAGGUGGAGUAUCUGGGUCUGAAGGAAAACAUCAGGGUGAGGCGUGCUGGCUACGCCUACCGAAGAAUCUUCAGGAAGUUCCUCAACAGGUACGCCAUCCUGACCAAAGAGUCCUGGCCAACGUGGCGAGGAGAUGAGAAACAAGGCGUCCUUCAUCUCUUACGGUCGGUCAACAUGGACCAGGAUCAGUUCCAGCUCGGACGCACCAAGAUCUUCAUUAAAGCCCCCGAGUCGCUCUUUCUGCUGGAAGAGACGAGGGAGCGCAAGUUCGACAGCUACGCCAGGACCAUCCAAAAGGCCUGGAGGAAAUAUGUGGCCCGCAAGAAGUAUGUCCAGAUGAGGGAAGAAGCAUCUGACCUGCUCUUGAAUCGGAAGGAGAGGCGGCGACACAGCCUCAACAGAAACUUUGUAGGCGACUACCUGGGUAUGGACGACAGGCCUGAGCUUCGACAGUUUCUGGGAAAGCGAGAAAAGAUUGACUUUGCGGACAAAGUCACAAAAUAUGACCGCCGCUUCAAGGGAAUCAAGAGGGAUUUGAUCCUGACCCCAAAAUCGGUGUACCUUAUUGGAAGAGAGAAGGUGAAACAAGGACCAGAGAAAGGGCAGGUGACAGAGGUGCUGAAGAGGCAGAUUGAUGUGGAGAAGAUCUUGGCGGUGUCACUCAGCACAAUGCAGGACGACUUCUUGAUCCUGCACGAGCAGGAGUACGACAGCCUGCUGGAGUGCGUCUUUAAGACGGAGUUCAUCAGCCUACUGUCUCGCAGGUUUGAGGAGAAAACUCAGAGGAAGCUACCACUCAAGUUUAGUAACACACUGGAGAUGAAAUUGAAGAAGGAGAACUGGGGCUUCUUGAGUGGGGGCGGCUCCCGGCAGGUCCUGUUUGUCCAGGCUCAGGGAGACGUGCCUGUAUUGAAACCUUCGAGCAAAUCCCUGCAGGUCAGCAUCGGCCCCGGGCUUCCCAAGAAUACAAGGCCGACCAAGAAGAGCUUCUCUCAGGGUCGACCUACGUCCAGAACCCACCAGAACACCCCAUCGCGGGCUGCACCGGGUCCUCCAGUUUCUCACCAGAAUGGUGGCCCGAAAAACACCAACCACGUUGCCAAUCAGAGAAACUCGCAGCAUCACAGCCAGAGGCCUCCGUCGUCCGGUAACGCAUCGCGCCCCUUCCUGCCGAGCAACAUCACCCAGCUGAAGGAGCGAGGAGGCAGCCGACCGCAGCCGAACCUUGACUGUCUGAAAGUGCCUGAUCAAGGAGCUGCAGGUAAUGGAGACAGACGACCAGCUUCAAAUGGAGGAAUAGCCCACAGACCUUCAGCCAGCAGGCCUGCGCCGGGAGGAGGACGACCCAAACCUACACCCAAACCCAAACCCCAGGUGCCCCAGUGCAAAGCUUUGUACGCCUACGACGCUCAGGACACGGACGAGCUCAGCUUCAACGCUGACGACAUGAUCGACAUCAUCAAAGAGGAUGCGUCUGGAUGGUGGACAGGACGACUUCGGGGAAAGCAGGGACUUUUCCCCAACAACUACGUCACCAAGGUCUAAGGGCUGCAGGUUCACGGCAGAAGGAGGAGAGCCCCCCCCUCAGGUGACGGGAUGGAGCUCGCGGUCGGAAGAGAGGAGCACCGUGAAGUUUCCUGAGGAGAGAAACUCACACUCCUUCCACAUCCGCCUUGUGGCGACGGGACGUAACUCUCGGUUAAGCCACCAGACCAACAAAGACCGCUGGGCUUGAAAUGAGGCUCCGCUUUUAAAGACAUGAAGACUGUUUGACCCAGGGGUCUGCUUUUUCUCCGCAGUCCCUUUUGAGUAGUGAACAAAAACUAUUUAUUGUAUUUAUAGCUUUCUGCGUUCUCCUCGCCGUCAUCUAUAUCUUGCCGAGGAUUUGAGCUCAAACAUUGCGAAGCGCUGGAAUGAAGAAUGCUUAAUCUGUGGGACCAGGCUGUGAUUUUUACUUUUCAACGUGUCGUCUUUUACACGAAGGUGUGAUUGCUGAAGCGAAGGCGGUUGUCUCGACGUCGCGACUGCAGAGACUGCUGUUUUUACCAGGUAUAUUUAUUUUGAUGCAAAACUGUAACUACUUCUCGGUAAUGGACGUUCGGUAAAUCGCCACACUGUGAGUGUUUUAACCAUUUUGCUUUGUUGAGGCAACUUUUGAAAGGUCUGUUUCCAAACGCAUUCAGAGGGCGACGUGGUAAAGCGGUGAAUCCCCUGGAAAAACACCUCCCUCUUUGUUGUUUUGUUUUGUGUUGUCACACCAGUAUACUUCAUACACAGAGCAGAGGCCAUACUGUAACCUGAGCAUGCUGUGGUGUAUUAGCACUUUAUUGGUACAGGUACUACCUUGGACACAGACAUUGUCACUCGUUCAUGCCACAGCCAGUAAGUCAAGUCUGCGAAGGACAGAUUGCCAAGCUAGUAGUAAGCCCCUUUACUGAGGAGAAUAUGUUGUUUACAUGAAAUGAUGAAAAAAAAAAACAGGCAUUGUAGAUCUGAUUCUGUAUAUGUGCUCAUAUUUUUUAGGAAUAUGCCUAUUGUUGGUUAGAUUUUAAAUUAAUUUUUUUCUCUUUUGUAUUUUCUCUGAUUUUUCUGCUUUUGAUACUCACAGGGCUGCUUUGUUUCAAUUUCAGCUGCACGUAGAUAAUAAUAGAUACCACAGACUAGGGUGAAUGGAUUUUUGUUUUGUCAAGUUGUUUUAGUUGAAAGAAAAAUUGUUCACAUUUUUCCAUGGCACUGCAAAGAAUUCCUUUUGCUUCUGCUUGAUUGUUUCUGCACAUCCUUUGCACUGCUGUUGAAUUACUUACACAUUCCUUAGUAAUUUUUUUUAUUAAAUAACCACAUUAUGCUCUAGUCAGUAAAAAAACAAAAAAACUAUGCUGGGACUUCUGUCAUUGAUCUUCUGCAUCAUUGAAUAUAGUUUGAUCUUGGAUGGUUGAAAACGUCCUCGUGCAAUACAAAACAGUAGAUAAGUCUUUUAAUAAAGCAUGUAAUAUUGUAUAUUGAACUGCUUUUUUGUUUUAUUAAAAAGAACUCCAUUAAAUGAA